UGAAAAAACUGAAAACCAAAAAAAAAAAAAUCUAAGAAAAUGAAGAGAGAGAGACUUUUCUUUUGUAUCCCACUCUCUCUCCUUACUCUGUUCAUCUUCAAUAGCCCUUCUUUGAUGACAACAGCUCAAAACAUCAACUCUUCUACAAGUUCUUGUAAUAGAACCUGUGGAGGAAUCUCGAUUCCUUUCCCGUUCGGUAUCGGACAGAAACACUGUUACCUCAAUGACUGGUACGAGGUUGUCUGUAACACCACCACCACCAGCUCCGGUAACCUCCUAGCUCCGUUCCUCUCAAAGAUCAACAGAGAGUUAGUAACCAUCACUCUCCGAAACAGCAUCGACACUUCAUACGGCGUCGUCCACAUCAAAUCUCCGGUGACUUCCUCCGGCUGUUCUCAACAACCCGCCGUAAAGCCUCCUCCUUUAAACCUCACCGGCAAAGGAAGCCCAUUUUUCAUCACCGAGACGAACCGUCUCGUCUCGGUAGGCUGCGACGCCAGAGCGUUGGUUACCAACAUCGAAUCUCAGAUCAUAGGAUGCGAAUCGAGCUGCGAUGGGAGGGACAACAAGAACAAGAGUCGUUCAGACAAGAUCUGCGGCGGUUACAGAUGCUGUCAGGCCGUGAUCACGGCGGAUAAACCGCAAGUGAUCGGCGUUAACUUAGAAAGCUCCGAUGGAGGGGACUGUAAAGUUGCGUUUUUGACGAACGAGACUUACUCUCCGGCGAAUGUGACCGAGGCGGAGGAGGUUUAUAGUAAAGGGUUUAGUGUGGUUGAGCUUGGGUGGUUCUUUGAUUCUCGGUUAAGGGAUCCAGUGGGGUGUGUGAACUUGACGGAAACUGGGAUCUACACGAGCGCACCGAGCUGUGUUUGCGAGUACGGUUACUUCUCUGGGUUUGGUUACAGUAACUGUUAUUGUAAUAAUAUUGGUUACAGAGGGAAUCCUUAUCUUCCUGGUGGAUGUGUUGACAUUGAUGAAUGCGAGGAAGGAAAAGGACGAAACAGCUGUGGAGAACAGACUUGUGUGAAUGUCCCUGGUUCUUUUAGGUGUGAGCCAAAGGAAUCAGGGAAGAUCAAGCCUGUGAUUCAAGGUCUUAUUCUAGGUUUGGUGCUGUUGUUCUUGGUUCUUGGGAUAUGGGGGUUGAUCAAGUUCGUCAAGAAGAGAAGAAAGAUCAUCCAGAAGAGGAAGUUCUUUAAACGUAAUGGAGGUUUGUUGCUGAAGCAACAGUUAACUACACAAGAAGGAGGUAAUGUGGAGACAUCGAAAAUAUUCACCUCGAAAGAGCUCGAGAAGGCGACGGAUAGCUUUAACAAGAACAGAGUUCUUGGGCAGGGAGGUCAAGGUACGGUCUACAAGGGAAUGUUGGUAGAUGGACGGAUCGUCGCUGUGAAAAGAUCAAAAGCUUUGGAUGAAGACAAAGUCGAGGAGUUCAUCAAUGAAGUCAGUGUUCUCUCGUAGAUUAACCAUAGGAACAUUGUGAAACUCAUGGGGUGUUGUCUGGAGACGGAGGUUCCCAUCUUGGUUUAUGAGCAUAUUCCAAACGGAGACUUAUUCAAGCGGCUGCACGAAGAUUCUGAUGAUUACAUAAUGACUUGGGAAGUGCGUUUGCGGAUAGCUGGGGAGAUUGCAGGAGCGCUUGCUUACUUGCACUCGGCUGCAUCUACUCCGGUCUAUCAUAGAGAUAUCAAGACCACAAACAUACUUUUGGACGAGAAGUAUCGAGCCAAAGUGUCGGAUUUUGGUACUUCGAGGUCUAUCAACAUAGAUCAGACUCACUUGACAACUCUAGUCGCAGGUACUUUCGGAUACUUGGAUCCGGAGUACUUUCAGACCAGCCAGUUUACGGAUAAAAGUGAUGUUUAUAGUUUCGGGGUUGUCUUGGUUGAGCUUAUAACCGGAGAAAAACCGUUUUCUGUUAUGCGGUCUGAAGAAAACAGAGGGCUUGCAUCUCAUUUCAACGAAGCCAUGAAACAGAACAGAGUUCUUGAUAUUGUUGACUCUCGGAUCAAAGAAGAGUGCAAACAAGAACAAGUGUUAGCUGUGGCGAAAGUUGCCAGAAGGUGUUUAAGCCUAAAAGGGAAGAAGCAACCAAGCAUGAGAGAGGUAUCCAUUGAGCUUGAGAGGAUCCGUUCAUCACCUGAAGAUCUAUAGGUAACUCUCGAAGAGGAAGAAGAAGAAGAAAGGGAAAUGGAAAUCAACAUAGAUGAUUCUUGGAGCGUGGAGAUGACUGCUCCAGCAUCUCUCUUUGAUCUCUCGCCCAAGUUAGAUGUUGAACCACUGGCUCCUCACCAAACAUGGUGAUUGAUGGAAUCUGAUAAAA